CCUGGCCAAUCUCCCUGGCGGAUAAGCGCCAUCCCGCUUGAGGAGCAACAACAACAACAACAAUCAUCGUCGUCGUUUCGAAGGGAAGACCGCAUGCCAUCGACAUAAUCAUCAUCAUUUUUUUCGAAUCCCGUCACAUUUGACGUCGAGGUCUUUUUGUAUUAUUUUAGCGGCACGUUAUUGAGCAACCGUAACGAUGAAGGCAGGCUCUGACUCAACCAAAGAUACCACAGGAUCGGUGUCAACGAACUCCGAGAAGACUACUGGUGUGGACCGUUACCUGCGCACUCCCGCCGAGAAGAUGCUGUUGCGAUGGGUGCUUGCCUGGCUUAUACUCGCAAUGGUCGCCACCGCUGUUCUGCUUGUGUUUCUACUACAGCUGAAUAAAUAUCGCGUCGUCGACGACAAGCUCAAGGUAACGUUGGAACUGCAGCGGAGACUCACUAGAAAGGUCUACUCGAAGUCCGACGAAGUUUCCAGGAUGAUCAUCAACGAAACUUCGAGUGAUAAAAUCAAGGACACGCUCAGGUCUCUCGUGCGUGAGGCCUCCAGUGGUCAACAGAAGGUGCUGGAUUACGUAAAGAACAUGUGGACGUCGCACGGCAUGGACCACACUGACCUGUUCACUUACGGCGUGCUAAUGAGCUUGCCAGACCCUAACAAUGAAAACAAGGUGGAGCUGUACAAAGAUGGUGUGUCUUCUUUCACGGCCACUAACCAAGAAGUUCCUGUUCCUGAAACUCAAAUGUCCAAUGGCCCACCCUUCUACGCCUAUGCUGCAGCAGGAGACGUCAAGGAAGCUUACAUCUACGUGAAUUACGGCAGAAUGUCUGACCUCAACUAUCUGGAGAACCGGGGAAUUGCAGUACAGGGAAAGAUUUUUGUCGGGCGCCUUGGAAAGAUAAUGCCUGCGAAGAAGGCACAAAAUGCGGAAAAAGCGGGAGCAGCGGCACUGGUUUUGUUCAUGGACCCGAAGGACGUUGGGCCACGAGGCAACGGUCAAGGACCGUUCCCAGACUCCUGGUGGGUCGGGGGCAGUGCUCUGCAUAGGGGCAGCGUUGCGUACGUCGGAGGGGAUCCGUCUACUCCUGGGUACCCUUCCAGAGCUGGAUUUUACAAAGUUCCUACGGACAACGCGAUGCUACCAAAGAUUCCAUGUCAACCUAUAGGAUACGACGACGCCAGAACAAUUCUUGGGGAGCUCAAUUCUAACGCCUGUCCAGAUAAAUGGAAGCCACAGUUGUCGAUUCCCUGCAACAUUGACUCUUCUAGCGACUUGCAGCUCCGGGUGGCUGUAUACAACAAGCUUCAGAGCACAACGAUAACGAACAUCGUUGCGACCAUCAAUGGAAGCAAAGAAGCUGACCGCCUUGUGAUGGUGGGCCACCAUCUGGACUCCGUCACCAAGAUAUCGGCGUCAGAUCCCUUGCUGGGCAUCAGUCAGCUCCUGGAAGUGACACGAGUCUUCGGACAUCUACUAUCAAAAGGGUGGCGCCCCGAACGCACGUUGGUGUUCUCCCUAUGGGACGGUGAAGAACAGGGCAUGCUCGGCUCUACAGAAUGGGUAGAGGAUCACAUGGCCAGCCUCAGGUCACGGGCUGUCCUCUACAUCGGCACUGACGUGCUCUCUGGGGACCGUUUCCGACCGAGGUCUUCACCGGCUAUAGCGGCUUCAAUCCGCCGCACGGCUUCAAUUACUCCACAUCACAAGGACAUGGCUUUAACAUUGCUAGACUCAUGGUCUGCCGACCCCACGGCGAAGAAAAACACUCAAACGCAACCACUCUCCUGGCCUAUCGUAGGACGAUCGGACGACGCGGCGUUCGUUUUCAGUGCUGGAGUUUCAACAGCCUUCAUGCACUUUACGCAGCGACCUGGUAAGGCCUUCCCCGCCCACCACACCGGGUAUGACACAUACGAGAUGGUGGAGAAGUACGUAGACCCCGGAUUCCUUGUGAGCCGCAUGUCGGCGCAGAUGAUGGCAGGCCUGGCACGUCAAUGGGCGGAUCGCUCACUUCUGCCGUAUGAGCUCAGGGAACUUUCCUACGAGAUCAGGGUUGGACUGGAUACCUUUUUUUCCAAGCACAAGAAUACCAUUAACUCUCUUCAGCUUGAUCUGAGUGCUCCAUUCAAGGCUGCAUCGGAGUUCAUCCAUGCUACUGAGAGAUUCAUGAACUUGACAAAGCAUUUGGACCUACUUAACCCUAUCAUGAUCCGUGUUGCCAACGACAUCAUGAUGAAGAUAGAGAAGAUAUUCAUCUGUCCAGGUGGAAUUCCCAGUAGGGAUAUUACACUGAGGAAUCUCGUAUACUCCCCUGAUGGAGUCAUGUUCCCUGGGAUGCAAGAUGCGAUAAUGAGAAAUCCCGUGGACGUGGAUGCUUUCGGCCGCCAGGUGGCCCUGCUCACUGAAGUGCUCUGUCAAGCUUCUCGCCAUCUCCUCCUGUCACCCGUGUGAAUAAAUUCAUAGAUAACA